UAUGCGUAAGUUUCAUACUGUAACCGACCAGUCGUGUUUUAGUGACUGAUACUUUGCGGUCGCGAGUACUCCAGACCAAUGAUACAAAAACCGUAUCGUUCGAUUAACAUUAGAGUAGUUGUCAGUACCUAGAUAACUAGUAACUGGUUUGAAACACAACAGUGCAGCAGUACUAUUUUGUUAUUUCGGUUCGAGUGCACAAUAUUACGUGUGGUUUUGGACUAAAUUAUAAUGAAUUUGUUGCGGCCGUCGAGUUCUUUGCAGCAGCCGUGUAGACUAAAAACGGUUAUUGCACUGCUUUUAGUCCUUGUUUCAAUGGUACGUAGUUUUCCAUUAGAUGGAAAACAACUCGAUUCUGCGGUAGAAGGCGUACAGAAAUAUUUAGAAUCGUCUGGUUUUCCAAAAAUGACUCGUGGCGAAGUUUUGGAUUUUUUGAACGAUUUCUCAAAGAACUCUCGAGUAAGUCGUUCUGAUAAAACUGUAGUAAAUGCCAAGAAAGAUAUUACGUAUGUCACACCAUCSCCUGAUUUCGUGUACUCAACAACAAAAAUGCCACACGUCCAGGAUGAUGUGACAAAAAGUUCUAAUUCUCRACCAAAAAUCCCUAAUGGCGAAUCACCACUUAACUAUGGAUAUCCAAUGAGCAUAAAUACACAGUCUGACCAGACACCACCUUCGACCACACCAAUAAUAUUUGUCACAGUGCAAGGCAGAAAUUUAUCAAGUGACAAAAAAACUGAAAUUAUGUUGCAAACAAUGGACGCGAAAAAUGCACAGAAAAAAAAUAUCGGUCCGUCUGUUGAUUUGAACGCGUACGCUAAGUUUAAAAAAAUCCCUGAAGCUAGAAAUUUGAAAAUCGACGACGACAUGAAAGAUUUUCUAAACAAUUUCGGACUAUUGGAUGCUCCAAAAUCGGGUAAAUCAGUUGAUUUAAAUUCCAACGAACCGCAGAGGCGAUCUAAUGAGUCUCAGAGGCGAAACGACGACGCUACAGCUACAGAAACAGUGGACGAAAAACUAUUGAAAUCAAUUCUUAAUGAAACCGGCAACAGUGGAUUAAACAUUUCUCAGUUACAACCAUUCCUCGAUAAUGCAUCAGACCGGGGGGACCAUGUGUUUAAYCCAUCCGUAUCCAACGUAAAGACCGUAGAUGUGAACAGGAUAGCGAAGAUAGUGGAAAAUAUACGACUGUUGUCCGACGAUAACAAUACUAUUUCGUUGUCACAGGAAACCAUCCAAAAGAAAUUAGAAAACAUAACGGCGGCCAUAGCUGCWAUUGAUCAACCAUCCGAUAAUAGCAAUAGUAAAGAAUUCAACGGGUACGAAGUGUUCUUCGACGACAACUCCAAAGAAGUCGAUUCCGAUCUGCCGGAGUCACCUACCGUUUCAGAGACUCAACUCUUGAGUAAAGCACCGAACCCGCCUGAUCCUUUGUCCACCGAUGAACUUCAAAUGCUCUUAGAAAAGAACAAAAAUGASGUGAAACGUCAAGAGCCAGUGAGCGAAGAGGCCGUAGCUAAUAUCACCACUUCUACCGAAGAAUCCAUAGCCGUCGCUACGUCCUCCGAAGCAGUCGUCGCGUCGUCGGUUUCCACUGAUUCGUCUUCGGAAGCAACUUCCGUAGAAGUAACGUCUGGCGCUAGYGCAGCAAGAGAUUCUUUUACGACCUCCGAUACUAAYCCAAGUCUAUCUCAGUUGGCCGAAUCAUUUGGCGGAGGAGAGACCGCCAGCAGUCCACCCGUAAUCGAUGAAAUAAUUACACCUGGACCCGAACGACCUAAAAACGGUUUGUACUUUUAUGUGGACUGGAACUCGUUUUUGACGGUUAACGGGGGCCAAAAGAAUCAAGUCAAUUUGAGGUUUUCACCGAAAGCUGGGAACCCAAAUCAUUUCAUCAAGGUCAACGUACCAUAAUCAAUUUUAGACAUUAUUAAAUUAUUAAUCUAAAUAAUAAUAUUAUAUUAUAAUAUGUUGGCUCUUUUCAAGACGCCGUUCACUAAAUAUGUUGUACAGUUGUACUAUUUAUUAUAUUAUUAUUGUAAAUAAAGUUUUAUAAAUAAAAAACAUGUUCUAUA